AUGGCUGUAUAUCAUAAGUCCGAGUGCCAAGAGACCGCAUUUGAGGCAGGAGUGAGGGUGCAGAUCCAUAGUCAGGCAGAGCCUCCCUUUGUACAUGAGCUGGGCUUCGGAGUCGCCCCAGGCUUUCAGACCUUCGUGGCUACCCAGGAGCAACGCCUGACAUACCUUCCUCCUCCAUGGGGCGAGUGUGUGACCAGAGCCCUGGAUUCAGGCCUCUUUGAGGUGUACAGCGUGUCUGCCUGUCGCAUUGAGUGUGAGACACGCUACAUCAUUGAAAACUGCAACUGCAGAAUGGUCUACAUGCCAGGUGAUUCUCCGUACUGCACUCCUGAACAGUAUAAGGAUUGUGCUGAACCUGCUCUGGCUGCUCUGUCAGCUGUUGAAGGCACAAGCUGCAUCUGCAGGAGCCCCUGUAACAUGACUCGAUACAACAAAGAGCUUUCCAUGGUCAAGAUCCCCAGUAAAACCUCUGCUCGCUACCUGGAGAAGAAGUUCAACCGAUCAGAGAAGUACAUCACGUGAGUACGCUCCUCACCUCCAUGUUGAAAGUCACUUUCCCCUCGAAUACAUAAAAAC